AUGUCGAUUAGUAUCGUUCUUGAGGAAAUCAAAACCUCACCAUCCUCAAUUAUACCAGUCUUGUCUAUCCUCCACAACGAGAAACAACAACUCGAUCAAAUUUCAAAAUCGGAUCUCACUCAUUUAAUCUCAAGAACAUUGCAACUAUGCCGAUCACCAAACAUCUACAACAAGUGGUGUGGAAUCAGUAUCAUCAACGUAUUGAGUGACAACUAUAUCAUCUUGGCUAACGAAGGUGCCAAUUUCAUGACCAUGUUGCUUACGAUUUUGGAAUCAUUUAACCACACUAUUGAUGUGAUAAUUUUGCAAACUUGUAUCGAAAGCUUGAACAAAUUGAUUAGAGUCAUUAGGGAUAAGCCCGCAUUGACACGUGAGAUAUUGACACCUAAAUUGAGUUCCAUCAUAUCGCUUUACUUGAAGAAUUUGCCAUAUGCACCUGAUUUAUGCAUCAAGUCGCUUUACCAAAUCAUCAAAUACCACCCAACGACAUUUAGACCCUUUGCCAACAAGUUUGGUGAGAAAUUGUAUGCGUUGAUGCAAAAUGGCGGGUUUUGUGAAUUUCCAACCCAUUUACAAAAAUCAAUUUGUAAAGCAUUGGCAAUUUUACCCACAGUGGAGAAGAAUGAACCGGAAACAAAAUGGGCAACUGAUGUCGAUGACAUCAUUGCUGAAAUCAAGGGUGUGGUUGAGAUCUAUGAUGAGUUUUUGAAUUUCAGUGAUGAUUCUGAAUUGAAGAGGUUGUUACAUAAAUUGCCUCAAUCAUCGAAGAAUAAAGUGUUUACCAGUUUGGAGAUUGAUUUGAAUCAACCGAAAACGUUAUUGCAAAUUAAUAACCGAGUUGAAAUCUUGACUAAGUUAUUGGCAACUUAUCUAACUGAAGGUAUAGCUAGUGUCAAGGUGCCCUUGGGCAAAGUAUUUCUUCUUGCUGAAACAAUUUGUUCGAUAAAUACCAGAUACUUAUCAUUCAAAAGUGAUAUUAGGGAUAACGAGAUUAGAGGAUUGAUCAAAACGACAUUGUAUAAGAAUUAUCGAAACAUACUUGGUCUAUUGAAGCGUCUUUUGGUGUUUAAAGGCGCCUUGAUUCCUCAUUUCCCGGCAUUGUGGUCGUCGUUGGCGUAUAUGGUUCCGUUAUCGAAAUCGGGCAAAGUGUCAUCUUCAGACGUUUUGAACAAUGAAGCAUUGUUUAUGGACUUGUUGAGUUGUAUUAGUGAGUAUAUACAGUUAGUUGGUGUGGUUUCGGAUAAUUCUUUAUUUGUUUCGUUUGUUGAUGUUGCGUUAGUUUUAUCUGGACCAAAAGCCAAUGAUUUUGUUAGAAACAAGGAACAACCCACUGCUGCUGCUGCUGCUACUACCACAUCGCAACUGAAAAAAUCGAAAAAGAAAAAUGUAUCAUCAGCUUCAUUAUCUGAUAUUUUAUCUCAUCAGCAUUUAUUCACUCGAUCCCGCUCAUCGCACUUGUUGCAUGUGGUGAGAACAUUUUUUGACCAGAUUAUCAAACGAUCAGAACUACCACCGACUCAGCAUUACAAGGUAGUCAAAUUUGUGAUUCAAGAGUGUAUUGAAGCAGCUGCUGGUAAUUACGAAUCUACUGUACCUGAUUCAUUUAGAUCAUUGUUGCGAAGUGCAGUAUUGAACCCUGGCUACGACAAGCACAAUAUCUUACCCAUUGUCUCUUCAAUUAUACCAGAAGAUGAAUUAUUGAGUGUAUUCAAUAACCCCCGUUUACCACCUUUACCUAAACAUGUUUCUUCCGCCAAAGAACAAGAAGAGGACGAGCAAGCAUUUGAUUUGGACAAUGUGCUGGAUCCUGAAGUGGAUCAUGCACCAAUGAAUACAAAAGAAUCAGCAAUAAUGAAAUUGUUAGAUGAACAGAGGGAACAACUGAGAGAGGAAACUGAGAUUAGAUCCAAGCAGCCUAGUAAUGUUUCCGAUUUUAGUGUCAAGAGAGUGAUUGACGAUACUGCGGAAGAAACCCUCGACGGGAAAAAGAGAAAGGUUGAAACAGUUCAAGAAGAUUUCUCAUUCAAACCUGAAACCUUAGAGACCGUUUCUGCACCAAUUGAAGAAGAAGAUUCGAGAGUGUCUUCUGGAGCGACAGAGUUGCGUGCUGCUACUACUGCUACAACUACGACAACCUCAACAGUUGAAGACAAUGCUGAUGGUUCAGAUUUCGAAAUGCCUGAAAUCAACAUGGAGGAAGACUCGGAUGAUGAUGAGGAUGAUGAGUAA